UAUUUUUCAGAUUAAGGAUGAUAAUGUCAGAUUCAGGGGCUGAUACCCCAGAAUCAACGAAUCGUCGACGAUCGACAAGGGCAUCACGAACUCCUGCCUCACCGGCCGUCGCUUCACCUAAACGAGCUACGAGGGGCCGGAAGAAAAUCACUGAGGUUAUUUCCGAAGAAACUAGCGAAGUAACUGAAACUCCUACUAAUCAAACUGACAAACCAGUUGAAAGUGUGUCACAAGAUCCAGGAGAACCUAAACAAACUUCAUCAUCAACAGAAAUUCCUCCUGAAAUUGUCGGUGAUUCCGAUAAGAUCCAAAUCAAAGACGAUUUAGACGAGCUAUCCGCAGAUAAUGCAAAAAUAUCACCCAGCAAGGGGACCGACAGUGAAACUUUGAAGCAACAAGAUAAAACACCUGAAACUCUUUCAGAUUCCUUUAAACCAACAAAAGAUGAUCACUUUGAAGUCAUUGAAGAAUCUGAAAUUGAUGAAGUCAGAAAAGAAACUUCUGUUAUUGCAAGUGAAAUUUCUGGCUCCGAUGAUAUAGUUUCAGACACAGAAGAUGUCAGUAUGAAAGGUGAUAGUAUUAAUACUAAUGAAGAAGUGCAAAAAUUUCAAGCUGUAGAAACGGAUAAUAAAGUUGAUGACCUUGAUUUAAAAGACGGUGAUGGGCAAAACAACUGGAAAAAGUCUACGGAAGUCUCUGAAGUUGAAACAGUAAAAGAACGUGAAGAAAUAAAAGUAGUUGAACAUUUUGAAAACGCAGAAUUUGAAGAAAUGGCAAAUGAAGUGGCAGAAGUGGCAGGUAUAAUUGAAGAAACGGCAGAUAAAUUUCAAGAAAAAACAGCUGAAAUUAAGGAAAUGUCAAAGGAAGUUGAACAAAAAGUACACGAAGUUGAGGAAAAAGUGGGUGAAGUUGCAGAAAUGGCAGAGGAAGCUAAAGAAAUGGAAGUUAAAGCUAAAAAUAAUGCAGAUGAAGUUGAAGAAAAAGUAGAUGAAGUUGAAGAAAAAGUAGAUGAAGUUGAAGAAAAAGUAGAUAAAGUUAAAGAAAUGGCAGAUAAAACUGAAGAAUUGGCAGAUAAAACUGAAGAAACUGCAGAUAAAAUUGGGGAAAACGCAGCCGAAGUUAAAAAAAAGGCAGCUGAAGUUGAUGAGAAAAUUGAAAUCGAGGACAUUCUAGGAUCCAAGUUAACUGAAACUGGUGAAAUGAAACCUGUAAAGCAAACUGAGGAUAGCACUAAGCAAAUCAUUGAUGAUGAUGAGAUCAUUGAACUCAAUCAACCAAAUGAUAAUGAUAUUUCAGGAAACAACAAAUCUUCAGAGUACAAGAUAGAUGAAGAAAGUCCUAAGGAUACAGCAGAAUAUAAUAACGUAGAGCUUGUAGGAGAAAAUUUUGAAGUCCUUGAAAUUGAAGCUGAAAAAAUUUCGUCUAAUAAAUCUCAGAAUGAGCCAUUAUCCAAGAAGAAUGAAGAAUCAUCUGAGAAUAUAGACGAACCCAAGGUUUUUGAAUGCUUUAACAUUUCUGAUGACGAAAGUUCUGAGGAGGAGGAAAUAUCACAGAAGAAAAAUGAUGAGACUGGAGAAAAAGAAAACUUUUCUAAGAAUGCUGAAUCCACUGGCUCUCUUACUCAUGAAGAAAAAGAAGACGCUGAUGAGGAAGAUGAUGAUGAUGAAAUAACCUGUCUUGACGAUGAAGAAGUAAAUGAGAGAAAAGCACCUGAGAAAGCUUCUAAUAAUACCUUUGAAAAAUCUGCCAAAAAUUCGUACGAGAAAUCUACUGAGAAGUCACCAGAAAUUCCUACUGAAACUUUCGAAGAAAAGUCACCUAAGAAAUCAACCGUUAAUUCUGAAAAAUCACUUGAAAAUUCCAUCAAAGAUACAUCAAAUAAAGGAGACCCUGCUGAGAAAAACUGCGCCAACGUUUCCAAUGAAAAAGAUGAUGAUGAUGCUGAUAGUGAUAUUGAAGUAUUAGAAGACGAAGACGAUCUGUUUGACUCAGCUCUAGCUAAACUGUCCUCGAAGAACGAAGAUCUGAGAGAGAAGAUAAACAAGAAGAAGGGAAACAGGUGUCGAGGAACAAUGAAUGCGGACAGGGAGUCCAGGACCAAGAAACGAAGUAAUGCGAACAAAUCCCGGAGUAGUUCAAUAGAAAUUGUCCUGGUCAGAUCACUCUCACGUUCCCGAUCUCGGUCUCGUAAACGCCGACGAAGAUCUAGAAGUAACUCUGUAGACCGAUUGUCCCUACUGUCUAACGGUCGCUGGAUCUCAAGGUCAAGAUCAAGGUCAAGAUCAAGGUCAAGAUCAAGGUCAAGGAGCUACACAAGAUCAAGAUCUCCCUCGUUUGAGAAACUUCAUGGAAGAAGCACUAAACUGAUGAAUGAAGUAAAGAAGCAGGUUGAAUCCAUGUAUGAUAAAGCAUUUCUCAAACUAGACGGAACAAAGGGUAAAGGAUUUGAUACGGGUCGCAGUAGGGAGGAUAAACCCAAGGAUAAUCCAUAUGUCGUGCAACCUGAGAAACCUAAACCAUCCUCUUCAAAGUUCUCCGACCUCAGUCGGAAGCAGAUGGAUGAUUUGUGCGCCUCUUCACAGCUUAUAAUCAGACAUCUUCCUUCGUCCAUGAAAAAGAAGGAUUUCCUUGAAAUGAUCAACACUCCAGGAACAGUUAUAAAAUGGGAAAUUUUGGAACAGGAUGAUGUUGGCUACGUUAUCUACGAAGAUUUUCUGACCGCCAAGCGAGCUCGGAUGUACCUGGACGGAAGAAUAGUUGGUGGAAGUAAACUAUUUGUGGCUUUUACCAGGCGGGAGGCAAACCAGUGGAAUUUCUACUCUGUCAACAGUCUAACCCGUAAAAGCAGUGAUAGAUUUGAUUGGAACAAAAGUGGGGCAAACCAAGGAAGCGGAGCCAACCAUUCUGCAUUUACUAGCAGUGGCGCUUUCCCCAUCAACAGAGACAGUAGGGGAGUUUCUGCUAACUCAACCAGGGGAAGAAACAAUUCCGAAAGAGGAAGAAUAAAUCCGGCUACUGAUGGAAUAAAUUCUGUCUGGAGCGGAAGAAGCUCAAACAAUGGCGGAAUGAAUGGAAGGAAUUCAGGAACGGGCGGAAAGAACUCGGUAAUGGGCGGGCUGAACGCAGGAAUGGGCGGCAUGAACUCGGGAAUGGGCGGCAUGAACUCGGGAAUUGGUGGAAUGAACUCGGGAAUGGGCGGAAUGAACUCAGGAAUGGGUGGUAUGAAUUCAAGAAUGGGCGGAAUGAAUUCAGAAAUGGGCGGAAUGAAUUCAGGAAUGAGCGGAAUGAAUGCUAACGUGGGCGGAAUGAAUUCAGGAAUGAGCAGAAUGAAUGCUAACAUGGGCGAAAUGAAUUCAGGAAUGAGCGGAAUGAAUGCUAAGAUUAGCGGAAUGAAUCCUGGGUUUUGUGGAAUAGGACGGAUGAAUGCCAGUAUUGGAGUAAUUGAUCCUGAUAUGGAUGGUCUCACCCAAGGAGUAAAACCAACAAGGCAUCAAGAUAGUAUCCGUUCUACUAGUUCAAUGAGAAAUGCUAGACUAUCUCCGUAUAGUGCUAGAAACAGUAGGUUUGGGGAAGAGGAUGAUUAUCUCCAGCGGAACGUGAGGGAAAUGAUAACGCAUAUCAGGGACGUGACAACAUCUAGAAGGGAGACAUCGGUUGCAGAUCGUCUGAAAUCUGACAGUUUCGGUGGCACCAGUAAUUCUGUAAACUUGCAAUCUUCCGUACAGAAGCUAAGGAACAUGAGACGCGAGCUUGCAGCGGAGAGAGGAGAGCUUCAGAGGGAUUUUGGAGGUAUGGGAGCCGGAAUGGGAGGUGGAAUGGGAGGUGGAAUGGGAGGUGGAAUGGGAGGUGGAUGA